AUGCUCUUGUUGUCUACUACUGGGGACCUCUCCAGUAAGGCAAGCUUCACUAACUCCGGUCCGCAGGGGGCGCGCGGGCUCACCGCCCUUUACCCCAACCAGCUAAGCGAGCCGGGCCGGACCGGCCCGGCGGGGGAGCCUUGCGUCCCACAGGGAGCGAGGCACCGGACAGGCCGACUAGUAGCUAAUUUCCGUCUGUUUCCGUUUCGUUUCCAGAGUGUUUUUCUGGCCAUUUGUGUUCAUUCUUGGGGGUGCGGCUUUCCUCUGUAUAUGGAGUUUAUUUUAUUUACACAGACCAAAGAAAUGGAGGCGGCAGACAGGGAGACAGUCCGGACGGUGCGUGGGCCCGUCCGGAAUCCAUCCGGGUAA